AUGGGCCUCUCCAAGACCAACAGGAUCAUCAUCCUGUUGGUGAUAGAUACAGCGUUCUUCCUUCUAGAACUGAUCGCCGGUUAUUCUGUUCAUUCCCUUGCCCUUGUCGCCGAUUCCUUUCACAUGCUUAACGAUGUUAUUUCCUUACUCGUUGGAUUAUGGGCCGUCAAAGUCGCCAACCGCGAAACUUCCUCGAAAAUGUACACUUAUGGGUGGCAACGAGCAGAAACCCUCGGUGCGCUGGUCAACGGCGUUUUCCUAGUCGCCCUGUGUUUAUCCAUUUUCCUCGAAGCGAUACAAAGGUUGGUGGAGCCGCAGGAGGUCAAGAGUCCGAAGUUUGUCUGCAUUGUAGGCUGCGCCGGACUGUUGUCGAAUAUCGUCGGUCUGGUCUUGUUCCACGAUCACUCACAUGGCGGCCAUGGGCACAGCCAUGGGCACGCUCAUGAUGAAGAAGGCGUUGAUGCUGCGGAGCAAGGACACAACCAUGAACACCUUGGCGAAUCGGAGUCCGCGGGGCAGGGUGCAGCUGGCGCAAUCACUGAACCAACCGCUACUUAUUCCCGUCGUCGAACCCUGGACAGCCAACACCGCAUCUCGCGCGGAUACAGCAACCCCAGCCGUGGGUUCGAAGAUAUUGGUGGACACCCGGCGAGCAUGAGACAAGACAUCAUUAGCGCCGCGAGCCGCAACCAGUUUCCGGACGAGGAUGAUAGCUAUGAAUCGGAUGCACCAGCGGAGAACGGUACGGCAGACGGCUUCGGUCCCACGGAAAGAUCUACGCUGCUGGGACAUACGGAUCGCGGAUUCAAUUACACCGACGAGAACGCUCCUAUUAAAGGCCAACCCUCAAACAACGACCCCCACAAGAACCAUAACCACGCCCAGCCUAAACCGAAGGAACAGAAGCACGGCCAUGACCUCAACAUGCGGGGUGUCUUCCUCCACGUUAUGGGUGACGCCUUGGGCAACAUCGGUGUUAUACUUUCUGCUCUUAUCAUCUGGUUGACCGAUUACUCUUGGAGGUUUUACGUCGAUCCCGGCAUUUCUCUUGUCAUCACAGUGAUCAUUCUGGCCUCAGCAAUUCCCCUCUGCAAGGCAGCAUCUCGAAUCCUCUUACAGGCUGUGCCACAUGGUGUGAGCAUCGACCACAUCAAGGAAGACGUCGAAAGGCUUCCCGGAGUUAUCGGCUCUCACCACCUCCACGUAUGGCAGCUAAGCGACACGAAGACUGUUGCUUCAAUCCAUAUCCAAGUGGACACAGAAAUCAAGGGCGAGGGAUCCGAGCGAUAUAUGCACCUCGCAAAGCAAGUCAGGCAAUGCCUCCAUGCGUACGGCAUCCAUUCAUCCACUAUCCAGCCCGAGUUUCCCCAGGGCAGUGAUACAGAGGACAACCAAGUAGCGGGCUCAUCCCACUCACAAUCGGGACCUAGUCGCACGCCCAGCAUACGGGAUGGGAAUCCCCAAGCCUGCCUUUUGGAGUGUGACGAUGAAUGCGGCGGCAAGCACUGUUGCCCAACGAAGCCCACUUGA